CGUACGCGUAGCGAGCGUACAUGCGAGAAGAUGUUCCCUUGGAUCGGUUUCUUGGAUCAUCUCUCCUUCGCGAUAAGUGAUACAUAAAAAAGUGUGCAGAGUGAAUCGAUAAGUCUUGUGAUAUUUUUAAAUCUUUAUUAUCCUUUCAUCCCAGGACAAAGUAUAUUUUCUUCGAAGAACUUAAAUCAAGAAGGUAUCGAAGAAGUAUCUUCGAAAAUUUAAAUUACGCGGGUAAUUGCCGAUCUUAAAAGGGAAUCUAGAUCAACGCGAUAUGCAUUAUACGCGAGUUUUCACGCGAAAGAUUCUAUUUCAAGCGCACGUGGACACACACAGAUUUCAUUGAAACGAACGAAAUGACGUCGUCGCGUGCGAACGUCGACUCUCUCGUUAAAGAAUACCGGGAACUUUUGGAGAAGAAAACGCAUAAUGUAUGCGAAUAUCGCGAUUGAGAAGGUCGAAAACGUCGACACGACGAAACAACGAGGACACAAGGGGAGAGAGAGACCGAUCAUAUGGUCUAAUUUUAAUGCGAGUUGUUUUACCUUAGUGACCUAAAAAUAUCGGUGAAAUUCGAUUAGCCUAGAGCCUGCCGUCUUCCGCUGCCUGCGGCAUGCGAGGAGCAUCUAGCUAAGUAUUUUUAGGAAAAACUCUUCCAACAUUUUCACGAACGAAAUCGUUUUACACUGGAUAUACAUAUAUACGUAUCAGUUGGCUCAUCCUUUUGCUUUUACAGCCAACAUAGUAUCGAUGACUUUCAAAGAGAAUUCAAUUUUCUGUAUUCGAUCGAACGAAAUGCGUCGAUCGAUCGAUCGCUCUUUUGCGAACUAAUCCGGAAAGUUUUUUUUUUUUAUACCUAAAAGGAUGAUAACGAGUUUUAUGGGAUAAAGCAUUAACUUGUCGAAACUUUUCGAACCAAGCAGGUACGCGUUUAUAUGCAUACGUGUGUGUUUAUAUAUAUAUAUAUGUAUAUAUAUAUGUGUAUAUAUAUAUAUGUAUUUAUAAAUCAUUUCAAAGAUUUAUGAACGUAGAAGAAAGUAAUGGGAAGUAGGAUAGAAUCGUUAUCGAGCAUAAUAAACGAGAGAUCAGCGAAGACGGGAGUGUCGUCGUUGCUAUCGUCGUCGUCGUCGUCGUCGUCGUCGUCGUCCUCGUCGUCCUCUUCGUCAUCGUCGUCGUCGUCGUCGUCGUCGUCGUCGUCGUCGUCGUCAUCGUCGUCAUCGUCGUCGCCGUCGUCGUUAGAAGAUAAGACCGUUUGUGGCGAUUUCAUGGGAAGAAAACGUGUAUCAACAAAGGUGAAGAAAGAAGAGGCUGACGAAGAAAUUAGGGAAUAUGCAGCAACGGCAAUGAGUGAAUUGUUGGGAUGGUAUGGCUAUGAGAAAGUCGAUAGUGGCUACACCAGAGGCUUAAAUCUUGAUCACUUUGCACCCGUUGCAACUUCGAAACAUCCCUUGCCUCAAAUGGAUCGACAGUUUAUAUUCAACGGGGCUUCGUCGAGAUCGCCGAUGGCGACGAAUCAUCAAUCGGCCUUUUCUCAUUCUCUACGAACGAAAUUACCACCGUCGUAUUAUUCUAACGAAAUUUCGAAGAGUCCCGAUAAAGUUCCGGCGACUUCUUCCUUAGAAAUCAAAACUGUACCAUCUACCUCACGAUUACCUUAUCACAACGAUUCGACUUCGAGUAGUCCAGAUGAAAUGACGGACGUCGGACACAGAGUAAUAUCCUGUUCUUGGUGCGGACGAAUCGGUGAGACGUGGGAACCGGGAAGAACGAAUCCACUCUCUUGCGGAAUGGUCAAUGCUUUGGGACAAUUUUGUAGCGAGGCAUGUUUCGCCGCUGGCCGAAGAGCCGCUUUCAAGAGAGCUCGUACCUGCGAUUGGUGCAGACACGUACGAAAUCCGAUCAGUUACGUCGAUUUUCAGGACGGCGAAAGUCAGCUUCAAUUUUGUAGCGACAAGUGCUUGAAUCAAUACAAGAUGAACAUAUUUUGUCGAGAGACCGAGACUCACCUUGCCCUCCACGGACUCACCGCGAUACCUUCGAGCGAUUCUGGAAAGGGUGGUGGACUGAUCACGCCUGAGCUUUGGCUUCGAAACUGUCAAUCGCCUCGUAGUUCGACGGAGGAAAUUCUGAUCGUCGACGACGAAUCGAUCAGCAGGCUCUCGCCUUUGUCGUCUCAGAACGUCGAAGUCGAUCGCAAAGAGUCCAUCGAUGUUGCGAAAUCUGAAAAUUUGUCUCUCAAGAUAAUAAGAAGAAAUUCUUUUUGUACGCGAACAGACGUUAAUACGACAUCGAGGGCAUUCAUAAGAAAGAUGGAGAACGCGGACGAAAAGAUGAGCGAGGACGGCGAGAGUGUUCGCGAGACCAUUAAGGAAUCGUUGAAAGAUCAAGAAUAUCAAAAGUAUUAUCAUUGCGCGAACGAUCGUAUACAUUGUAGGCUUCCUUAUUCGGAGUCGAAUUUGUUAAACCUGAGCCAAUCGGGAUCGUCUUUCGUGGAUCAUAACAAACAACGUAUCAUGGGAAGCGUGAUGGACGGUGAAUUGCACGACAGGCAUCAGAUCUAUAAAUCUGCUAUCGAACAAAAAACUGAUAUACACGUGAAGGACGUGAAAGGAUUGCGAGGGAGAGAAUCCAGAAGCCGGGAAAAUAUUCGAUACUCCCAGCAGAGAAAAUUUCGUAAAUCGUCCUCUUGGAUUCCGGAGGCAUCUUCCUCGCCGAUACGAUCGGAGGCGGCACCUUCGCCCGGCUCUUGUACCGACGAAUCCAGGCAACGUAAAUAUCCCUCGGAUCUCAGAAUGUAUACCGAAAUGCCAUCGGUUCAUCCUGGUCAAUCUCAAUUAUCGGCCCAGGCUCCGUCCUCGUCGUUGUUACCUCCCGUGACGAUACUCGUCCCUUAUCCGAUACCGAUACCAAUUCCAGUUCCUAUACCUAUACCACUUCCCACAUCGGUCUUUGCCAAAUUUCUGACUGAGAAGAAGGAAACGUCGUUGAACAACACAGAUUCCGAUCGAAAGAGUUCUAUCUCGGACAAUUUAACGGAUAGUGUUAUCUCUACGACGGAUCAUACGACAUCCGUGAAAACCAGUUCCCCGUCUACUCCCGCGGGACCAGACAAGUGUCACUUUACGGUGGUUUCUUCCAAUAGCGACAGUGAACAUUCUAGCGCGAUAUCGAGUAAAAACAUCGUUUCGAAAAAUUCUACGAGGUCAUUGAGAAAAAAGAAACGCGUUAACGAGGAUACAGAAAGUGCCGAUCGUCAACCAAAGCGAAGAAGUAAAUUUCUAACGACCUAGGAAUUUUGCGCAGCGUUUAGACAUUUUUAUAUUACUUCGAUUCGUUUUGUCAUUAAAGUAACUAUUUUGACGAUGA